UUGGCAUUCUUCAUCAUGAACUGCAAUACUGUGUUCUCUGUUCUGGUGCUGGUUGGAACAGUGAUCACAAUCUCAGCCAGUCAACAGUUUAGUUUACUGGCAUGCAUGGAUCUUACAGAUGGAAUAAUGAUCUCUAGUCCUUAUCAGUGCGAUAAGUUUUUCAUCUGCGGUGAUGGUUCACUUAGCGAGGAGGCCACCUGUCCGCCGGGUAUGCUAUUCAAUCCAGAUAACCAGAUUUGCGAUUUUCCGGAAAACGUUGACUGUCGUGAUGUGCCUCUUCCACCAUGGGCGGAAAGUCCAACUGAUCCAGAAGAACCAACAGUGGAGCCUACAAGCCCAAAUAAUCCCAACCAGUGUCCAUCGGAUGAUCCGGAGUAUCCUGUUUUCUUACCCGUGCUAAACGAAUGUGGUUCAUAUAUUUUGUGCUUCCAUGGAAAGGAAAUCCUGAUGUCAUGCCCAGACGAUCUCCACUGGAAUACUGAAACGAUGGUUUGUGAUGAUCCAGCCACUGCCAACUGCGAGAGUAUUGAUGAAACGUUGGGAUGUCCUUCGGAAGGUUUCGACUUUCUUCCACACCCGGACGACUGCAGAAGAUUCAUUUACUGUCGGGAUGGAUUUGCACGGUUACAGAGGUGUUUUUUUCUCAAGGUUUUUGACAACAAGCUGAAGACUUGUGUUUUUGGAACGACGUGUUAGGAGA